AUGUCUCUCCCAUUCGAAUUCCCUAACCUCGACCGCGUUCAUUCACUCCUUGCAUCCGCAGACACGAGCAGCCUCCCCCUCCUCGCCGCAUGCGGCACCAUCCUCGUCGCGGGCAGCGCGAUCGCGCUCAACCACAGCCGGAACAGCGCAUACACGCGCCUGCGCGGUCCGCCGUCCGACUCGCUCCUCUGGGGCGUCUCGCAGAAGCUCCCGCUGACGGAGGCGGCCACCGCGUGGUACACGCAGUGGGAGGCCGAGUACGGGCACGUGUACAGUAUCCCGUACACGCUCGGCAAGGAGCGCAUCGUGCUGCACGACCCGAAGGCGGUCGCACAUUUCUUCACGAUGGAUAACUCCGUGUAUGUCAAGUCGACCUUUACACGGAGCGUCAUUAGGAAGAUCGCGGGAGAGGGUAUUUUUGCUGAUGCGUUGGUUGGAUGUAGGCAGAGGAAGGUGCUCAGCCCCGCGUUCAGCAAUGCUGCUAUCCGCGCGCUCAGCCACGUGUUUUAUGACUGCGCGAACAAGCGCACUCCAUUAUCCUCUGCUACUGGGCCAGUCACUGACUCGAAUUCCAGCAUCGACUCCAUCGGCAUGGGCGGCUUCUCGCACGACUUCCGCUCGCUCGCCGGCGAAAAGCCCAUCGUCGCGCAGAUGUUCGACGCGAACGACACCAAAUCCUCGUUCAUGAACAUGGCGCCGAUGCUCGCGCUCGUGCUGCCGUUGGUGAACAGGAUUCCUGGGCCGUUCGACAGCAAGAUCAAGGAGCUGAACGACUCGCUUGAGAGCAUUGCGGAUGGGAUAUGGGAAAAGAUGAGGCGGGACGCGGGGAGUGAGGCGGUAGAGGAGAAGUCGAUUGUUGGGCGGUUGUUGCGUGCGCAGGGAUCGGAUACGAGCUUGCAGCUGUCGAGGGAGGAAGUGUUGGAUGAGAUAAAAGUCCUCAUUCUCGCGGGAUACAUCACCACCUCGACGAGCUUAACGUGGUGCCUGAUCGAACUGGCCAAGAACCAGGAAGCCCAAAAGAAGCUCCGCGACGAGCUGAGGAACUAUGACACCGACGAGCCCUCGUACGACGACCUCAUGGACACCACCAAGCUGCCCUACCUCGACGCCGUCACACACGAGACCCUCCGCCUGCACCCCGCCGCAACCGAGCUCGAUCGCGUCGCCGCCGUGGACGACGCGAUCCCCCUCUCCACGCCUAUCACCGACGCGCGCGGGCGCACGACGGACCACAUCGCCGUGCCCCGCGGCACCCUCGUCGCGGUCCCCAUCGCAGCCGUGAACCGCUCGCCGGCGUUCUGGGGCCCGGACGCCGCGCUUUUCCGCCCGGAGCGGUGGCUCGGGGGCGCAGCGGAGGCGGGCGCCGCGAAGGACCUCGUUGGGCACCGGCAUCUGUUGACGUUUGCGAGUGGGCCGAGGACGUGUAUCGGGAAGAUGUUUGCGCUUGCUGAGUUUAAGACGGUUUUGUCUGUUCUUGCAAGAAACUUCGCAUUCGAAUUCGAGGGUGGCGAUGCACAGAAGAUUACGAUUCUUCGUGGGAGGACUAUGCCGGGGCGGAUGUUUGUGGGCGAGGAUGGCAAGCCGUUCGCGUUGAAAGUUAAACGAGUUUCUGCGUGA